AUGGGUCCCUCGUCCUUACAAUCUUCUUUAUUUCUUUCGAUCCUCUUCCAUUCCGACGCUUCUGUUCUUGCGGCUGUUGGCCGCUCCGCUGGGGACGGCGUCCGUCCUCCGGAAAAUGGCGGUCUCGCAGCAGCACGCCUCGGGCCCGGUUCUGAAGACCAGGUCGUCUGCAGCACGAGAGAGAGAGGCCCCGCGGCCUCUCUCGGGCUCUCCGAGAUGACCCACCGGCGCGCGAUCUCCCGCCAGGAAAACAGACCAACAUGGAUCGCUGCAGCGUCCCCGAAGGUGCUGCAGCGCGUUCAGCUGUCCCUUCUCUCUUUGUACCAGUCUCCGAGCAACGUUCCCUUGUUUGUCUCCGCGUCGCGAGGGGAUUCGAAGGACGUGAGAAGACGCCUGGCUGACUGGAUUGCGAGCACAGCCGAGAAAAGCACUCUCUUCCGCUUCACGUUGUCUGACCAGAAAUGCAGAAAUGGCCUCUCUGUCGACGCCGAACUCCUGGUGGAUGUACAGGGGAAUCAAGUUCUGAUUUCGUCGUCGCCUCGCUGCUUGCCUCAGACGCUGCAAACGCGGGCGCGGCCGAUCCACGCGGCCUUUCUGGUUCUCGGAGGCGCACCGGUUUCUUGUUUCUUUUCCCGCGACCAGGACAGAGAGACGGAAGAACAGACCCCAACACCAAGUGGAGAGACGGUCGUCGCCGUCUUGCAGGGGGAAACUGGGCACUUGCCCCACGGGCUCCUGGAGUUUUUCCCCUGCCAAAGGUCGCCCAACUCUGGCGAGUUUUCUGCUUCCGCGACGGUGAGCAGGCGCCUGACGCUCCCUCUUCCGUACUUCCCCAAAACCUUCUGGGGUGUAUAUACACCUCAAGGCGAAUGCGGAGCAGUCGUUCUCGCGGAACGGCCCCGCGAUGGACACGCGCGGCCUCACGCUCUUCCUCACCCCCUGUCCCUCGCUUGCUCUUCUUCCUCGUUUGUAGCCUUUAGUGUGACUUCGCCGUCAGGACGCUUCGAACCGAGGCCCCUACUGUUCACGUGUUGCCGCUGCUGCGUCGUGGGCCGCGCCUCUGUGCCUGGCAAGGCCACCCCGCGAAGGCGGAGCGCCGAGCAUGAGCGCGGCUCGGAUCUGAGGCACGUGCAGCGAGUGGGGGCGGGGGAAACCUCGACCCGAGACCGCAUGCGCUUGGGUGCGGGAUCCGCCGAAAAGGAGAACGAGGGAGAAAGCGGGGACAUGGAGGCAGAAGACGCAGAGGAAGAGCCGUUUGAAGGCGCUCGACGCCCUGCGUUCGCACGCAGGUGCGGCUCGACGUGCGCGGAAGAGGAGGAGAAACAGCGUGCGUCGGAGGCGAGCGAGACAGAGGAAGACUUGGAGCAACCCGAGAAGCGCACAGUGGCGUGGGUAUCCUUCCUCAAUCUUCCUCCGACUGCCCCGGCUGGCCGCUCGCUCGGCGACGCGCCUUCGCCGUCUCUGGAAGUCUUGUGGGUCUGCGACCGUCCCGAGGUCUCUCUCUGUCUCGCGUACGCCGUGGAAACACGCCGAUGUGUGGUGUGUCUCCUUUUCGGGCGCGGCUCUGCAGCCGUAAGCGCGGGACACUGGCGUCUCCGAAGGGCCCAAGCUGCGGUUGGCGAAGGCCGCCCGCCACCAGCGCGGCCUCACGCGGCCUCGCCGUUCCAUGAGCAACUUGAGACGCGGCUCUUCCUCUCUGCGCCUUCUCUCCACGCCCUGCAGUUGACUUCCUUCCUGCUUCCUGGCGACGAACAAGAAACGGUGGGCGAAUCCGCGGGGCCGGAAACUGAGGCAGCAGCGAGCGAGCGAAGCAAAGAGGGAGACAGAGACCCGAGACGGCGAGGACUGCUGCCGACGUUCCUUUUUUCCCCGCCUCCUCAACUCCUUCUUCUCCCUACCCGCUCUAUCCGCCCCUCGCGGUGGAACAAGAGAAAAAAGGGACGAAAGGACACAGGAGCACGAAGAGAAGAAGAAGCCGCGGAACCCCAGGGAGAAAGAGAGCAGGCUGAGGGCGAAUGGGAGGCGUCGAGACAGAUGAGCUGUGGUAAAGGACGGAGAACGGCAGGAGACAGGCCUCUUGCGGCGCGUCGUUUGCCUCGACCGACGCAGCCGGAGAGACGCGCCGCGUCACGGCCAUGUCAAGAGAGACUAAGGCUGGCUCUUCUCGAUGAGAGAACCGACACACUUGUUCUCGUCCCCCUCCCACCUGCUUCCUCGCUUUCCUCCGAUUCGCCAUUUUCCUCUGCUGCCGCCUCCUGUUCUCCCCCUUGUUUGCAUUUAAACCCUGGCGACCUCGAGCGCAUCGAAGACGUUGUUGGAUUCGUCGCGCUCUCGCCCGACCAGACUGACCAGGCGGAAGGCUCGCCCAUCUCUCUCCCGGCCUCUCAUCUUCACUCCCGCCGAGUCAAAGCGUCUUCAGAACGGUCACCGCUUCUCUCUUUCUCCUGUCCAACCGGGCCUGCGCCUUCUCUUCCUUCUUACCUGCUGGUGCUUCAUCGAGGCGGGCUCCUCGCACUAUAUGCGGGGGCCUCUCUUCUCUCCUUUCUGCGGCUGCGUUCGCCGCUCGCCCUUUCGCCGUCUCUGCACGAGUUGCCUGUUCGACCGCAACGCGACACGCGGCCUGACUACAGCCACGGGGCGUUGCUUGUGUGCUCUUCUCUGGCCGCUUCGUCCUCCCGAAAAACGGAGAAACGCGAGAGCGAAAGACAAACGUUCCCCGUCGCUCUCAGCAACCCUGUGGCCAACCGAUUCAACUUGACGAUUCUUCGUCCCCCCGCAAGCAUCUGCCCCGGACGUGAAGACGCGUCCCCGUCGGCUUCCUUGUCGCGUUUUGUCUCUUCGCGCGGUUCGCCGACUGUCCGCUCACUUCCUUCGGCCUCUUCCGGCCUGUCAACAGUUCGCUGCGCUGUGCAGCUGGGCCCCGCGCACCCCCUGCUUUCUCAUGUCACGACGAGGCUUCUGUCUCGACUGCCUCCUCGCGGCGCCCUGAGGCUGCUGCGCGCCCUCUUUCUCUGGUGCUUGAAUCCACGUGCCUUGGCGGCGUUGACCGAGCACGAGAACCGCGAUUUCGAGCCCCUGCGAAGCUGCCGUCUCGCCACUUUGGCUUCUCAAUUUGUCUCUUCCCCAGACGCGUCUUCCGGCCCUUUGUCUCCGUCGCUCUUGCGGCAGAUAGCGGCGAGUCUGCCGGCGGCCGGGGCGUCUGAGAGGUCUGUCGCGGAGCUGGAGUGGCGGGCCUUUUGUCUCCUGCUGCUUGCCGAGUCGCUGCCCGAGGCGUUUCUCGCGUCGUCUCGCUCUCCGUCUUCUCCGGCGCCGCGGGCACUCCCUUCCGCAUCCGUGUGCAGAGACUCGAGGUUUCUCGUUUCACACGGAAACGCCGCCUUCGCUGCUGCACACGCCGUCGCACAGCGCCUGCGCGAGGCCGAGCGAGAUCAACUCGGAGAAGUCGACGAGGGAGAAGAAGAGGGAGAGGGAGAGGGGGGUGGAUGCGCCGCGAGAGGCGGGGAAGAGGGAGAGGCGAGACGGCUGCAGCUGGGGAGAAUGAGGCGUGGAGCGAACGAGGGAGAACACGCGGCGGUUUGUUUGCCGGGAAAAAGGAGACGGUCCGAGGCCUGUCCACGCAGCGAGGGGGAAGACGUUUCCAGAGGGCGACGCGUGGACGGCAGAGGACGAGGGGCAGAGACAGGACGAAGCGCAGGUUAUUUGGACGAGACCAGCGCGAUUCAGCAUCAACCGGAGGCGAGUCGAAGCGCCGACCUCGAAGACGCGGGAGAGCAGACACAGCGCGUCGCGCCGAACGGCGAGGCCGCCGACAACGCCGCCUCGCCAGAGGACGCUCCCUUUCGUUUCUCGCCUUCCGUCUUCUCGGCCUCUUACAGCCGGCAACAGUGUGUGCGGCAAGCAGCCGACAUGCUGCUCAGAGACGCGACGCGCGAGAGCAGGAACGCAGAACGCCGAGCGCGAGAGGUCCAGGAAGAGAGGGAAGCUGCCGGAGAGACCGAUGAAGAGGGUGGCAAGGCGAAGAAGAGGAAAACAGAGACGCAGAGGCUGGACGCUGUUGUGCGUCGCUUCGCUUGCAGCCCGUUCCUCGGGCCUCUCGUCGAGGAUCUUCUGGAGGAAGAGGAGGGAACCGAAAGUCGCUCGCCCCUGUCGCUUUCUGCUCCCGACUGUCCGUCGCCGUCGCUCCUCCGCUGUCCACGAGAGCCUUCUGUAGCUUUUGCCAGUUAUUCUGUGUCUCCGGCCCCGCUCGCGUCGUCUGCUUCCCCGCGAGGCCGAUCGCCAGCAGCGGGCGCUGCGCUGACUCCGCCUUCUUUCCGCCUCGCUCCGUUUCUUCCUCAGAUCUUUUUGACUCUGCACGAGGUCCUCCAGGACUUGUCUCUCUUGCAGGAGACCGGAGAGCUUCAGCGCUCGCUCGCCUGUCUCCUUCUUCUCCUGUCUCGCGCUCUUCUUCUCCCUGCCUUCGCCUCGUUCUACGCCACUCACUACCUCUCGGUGGAGGAGGCCCGACGGCUCGAGGCGCUCUUCGUCCCUCGGCACUCGCCAGACGGCCCGGCCGACGAGAGCGGUACAGAGACAGCCAAGGUGUCGGCACGACGGAGACACGAGGAGGCGGAAACAGGCGAGGACGAAAUGCGGCCCGUGCAAGAGGCGGCGGAACCCCGUGUCGCCAGAGGAGCAAGAGAGAUCUGCAUGGAGAGCGCGGAAGAAGAAAGGGAGAAGGAAGCGAGACUGAAAAAUCCAGCUGAAGCCGAGCGACGAGACGAGGACGACGAGGAAGACGAGCGAGGAGACGAGGGAGGAGACGAGGGAGACGAGCGAGGAGACGAGGGAGACGAGCGAGGAGACGAGGGAGGAGACGAGGGAGACGAGCGAGGAGACGAGGGAGACGAGCACGAAGAAGAACAAGAGGAAAUGGAAGGCGCUGCUCUCCUGACGGAGAUGCGAAGGGGGACGAAAGUCCUCUCCGUCCACCAAGCUCUCGAGACGCUCUUUUCCUCGCCUUCGGACUCCGACUGUCGCGCGGACCUUCAGACCCAAACUGCGGAGACACGGAAAAACAGGAAAGGCUGCUCGCUUCCGUCCACAGUGCCUUUUUCUUCGUCGCCCCCGUCGCCGGCUGCGCUCUCCUCGGUCGCCUCUUCCGGUCCCCAGGCGCCGGACCGUUCGUUCGGCUUCACUCCCGGGAAACGGUUGGAAGCUGCCCUCUCCCGACUUGAGCGUCGGCGGCGUCUGAUGGGGAGUCUCUCAAAGGAGACACCUGUCUCCUCCGUCGCAGCUGAAGGGGGAGGUGUGGGGUUUGGCGGAGAGACCGAGAGGAGGCGGGCCACCGCAGAGCCGUCCGGUUCCGCUCCCUCUUCUCUGUCUUUGUCGGAGAAAGAAAACAUUGAGGAGGAACAGCGGCAGCACGCGGAGAACUACCUUUUUUUCCUUCAAAAAACUAGGCUUGGGGAAGGGAAAGAAGAACAGACACACAUUCGUCGGAACGUGUCUCCUCCAGUUUCUCUCUCUUCCGCGUCACGUUCCACCAUCAGCUCCUCUGUCUCUUUUGAUUCUUCGUCUUUCACGCGGUCGUCCAGUCCUCCUCCCUGUUCCCCUUUCUCGCCGUUCACUCUUUCGUCUGCCUAUUCUUCUUCCGCUCCUUCGGAAGACGCGACUGGAUGCGGUCCGGCUGCGGACGGGCGAGCGUUCGACCGUUCUCUUUCUGCCACCGUCCUCGAGAUGUUUCGAGAUCUUCAGACAGCGCGGGUGAGGAAGAGGCGAUUUGUCGCUGCGUCGCCUUCCCCAGGAGUCUCGACACAUGAGCCGACUCAGAGGGAGACUUCGACUGAGAAAACAGAGCGUUCCCUGCGCCUCCCGCUCGCGAAGUCUCUUCAUUCCAGCUCGAGGGAAGACGCAAAACCGUAUCUCCAACAGGUUUCUCUCUUGACUCGUUCCUCCCGUUCCUCCUUUUCCUCCGCGUGUCGCUCGUCAACGCCUUCGUCACCGCUAUCUUCCGUUCUUGCGUCUCCAUCUUCUUUCGGGCCUUGUCUCCGUGAGGAGCGGGUAUGCACGGCGACUUGCUUGUCUCUUUCGAGGGAAGAGAGAAGCAAGGACCGGGAGAAGAAAACGCGUGCGGCAUGGCGCCUGAUCCGACGCCUGCAGGCUCGCCUGGAUGCCGGAACACUCUCGUGUCUUGUACCCUGUCUCAAACUGCUGUUUUCUGAGAUCUUCGACUUUCUGUCUUCUUCCGCCUCCGACCUUCUGGGCACGCGCGCGAUGCUCCUUGGGGAGAGGAAGGAACGGAGCCGAGACAGAAAGGUGAAGAGGGGGACGGGUGGCUAUCAGCGCCUUGGCCCGCAUGCCCAGCGCGCCGCGCGGCCCUGGCGCGAGUUCCCAGAGGAAGGAGAAAGGGACGAGGCGUUCGUCAAAGCAGUCAUGCUCGUCGGCCGGGCGGACCUCGCCGCGAACGCGCGGCUGCUUCUCCCGUCCGUCUCGUCUCCGCCUCAAGCGUUUCUCGCCCUCGGAGGCGAAAUGGUGGUGCCGGAACCGAAGGUGCCGAGGGCGGCAGACCGCCACGGAGGACAGGCCGCGCCCCAGGAUCGCUCGCCGGGGAUCGCCAGUCGCCGAGCGGUGUGCCCGCGUCUCGACGCGUCCAGCCGUGCGCCUCCGGUCGGGUCUUGCUCUGUCUCUGCGCCUGUCCGGGAUCUCCGCGAGUUGCUGCACUUUGAGGCCUCGGGGCAGUCGGCAGGCACUUCGGGUUUUUCUGUCGCACCUCGCGAAGUGGACUGGGCCCCGGCUUCGCCCCUCGGCGAGAAAGGCGUCCUCAGUCGCUGGGGCGGGGUCGCGCCCCACAUGGAGACGUGGUUGGCCGCUCGCGGGGAUCUGCGACCGCAGCUGUGUCUCGUCGCCUCGGCCCUCGACAGCUCUUCGCUGCGCCUGAUUGAUUCGCGACUCUCCCCGCAAGCUGCUGACGUCGUCGAGACCCUACGAGAAAGCCAGGUCCUCGCGCUUGCGCCUCCGUUCCCCGGUCCAGCCUUUGCGUCGGCGACUGCCUCGCCGCUCCGCGAGCCUUCCGCGUCUGCCUUUCUCGCCUUCUCUUCGUCGCUCGUGCGGGGCGUUGCCGCCCCGCCAGCUGGGGCCAGAAGGGGCGGUGCGCCGGGGCCCGACGACGACGGCCGGAGCACCGCGGUCCCCCUUCUCCAGAAACUGUCUCCUCUCGACGCGGCCCUCGCCCUCGCCAGCCGCGACCGCGGCGUGGCCCUGCAGCAGGCCUUGGCCGUGGGGCGCGGAGCCCUGACCCUCGGCGCGCUCGGCCGAUGGGACGAUGGAGACAGGCAGCGCGAGAGUCUCCCGCUGUCUCUUCUCGACGUCCCACCGCUGGAGCUGCGCGUCGUCCUCGCGCCGUACGCUCUCGUCGCGAAGGACGAGGAGGCCUUGGGGGAAGAAGAAACAGGCACGCGAAGGCGAGAUGAAGAGCGCGGCAGACGAGGUAGGCGCGAAGAGAGAAACGGCUGCAGGCUGUCCUCAGACGACGACGCUUCUGACGGGUCGGAAGGGGACGGUUCCCGGCGAGCGUUCUCGCCCAGAUCGGAUCUCUUCGACUCACCCUUGGCGUCUCGAGCCUCGCAGCGAACCGUCCCUUCUUUCUCAACCGCUCCGCUCGCCCCACCCACCAGCCUCUUUGCCGCCGCUUCCUCGGAACCCCAGAGGCAAGCGGGGCAUCGCACAGGACCGCAUGCCUCGCCGAUUUCCUUCGUCUCUCUCCCUGCGCAGCUGAUUAGCAGAGACCCGCAGAGACAGCCGCCGGAACGCGACGCCUGGGCGCAAUUCCACAAUGGCUGCUCCGCAGGCUUAACUCUCUUUCCGGUGUCGGGGAGACCGACGGCUGCGGAGAUCAACUCUCUUUUUUCGGUUUCUGUGUCUGCGGCGACGUCGCGCCAGUUGCGCACUCGCUGGCCCGGAAGGACGCGGAGUGGGGACUCGUCGGGGGACUCUGGACACGACCAGACGCCGGGGAGAGCCGAGGCUGAGGGACAGCCUACGAGGCAGAGAAGUGUCGGAACGCAUGCGUCUGCGCUGUCUGAUGCGGCGGUCGCCUCGGGAGAACAAGAGGGGGGUAGACAGCGAGGUCCCGACCAGGGCGUCGCUCCCGCCUUUCCCUCGCCCUUUUCACCCUCGCCGGGUUCGGGAGACAUCCCGAAACUGCAUCGCGGGAAAGACGCGCUCUCUCACCACGAACAGCUCGUCGCCUUCCUCAGGCGACACGGCGAAGCGUAUGGGCCGCACGAGUUCGGCGGACUGCUUCUCGCUCUCGGCUUGGCAGGGUUUUUCCGGCCCCGCGAAGGAAGGAAGGAAGACAUGCAAAAUCUGUCGCUGAGGCUCCUGUGGGACGCAUUCGAUCGCGAGACCGUCCAGACUGGGCUCCUGCUCGGCCUCGCCAGCAGCGCUGUGGGGUCGCGGUCUUCCUCGCUGCUCCAGCUUUGCGUGGCGCACUUGCCGUACACGCUCGUCGGGAAAUUCAUUGAAAUCGAGAUGAAGCCCGCGCCGCAGUGCGCCGCGCUUCUCGCCCUCGGGCUCGUCUUUGCAGGCAGCCAAAGCGCAUGCAUUUCUGCGCUGCUGCUCCACCACCUGCUUCGCUCGCCGUGCCUCCUCUCCGACAAACAAGGCCUCGACCGCGAUGCCUACGCGCUCUCGACGGCCUGGGCCCUCGGCCUGAUCUGGCUCGGUCACGCACGCGGCGGCAAGAGCGUGCGGGGCGAAAAACGAAGGGGUGAGACCGGUCGAACCCCCCGCGGUCGCUCGGGGGACAGCGAGGGGGAAGAAGCCUCGAGGGCGGGGGAAGCGACGCACCCACGAGGCGCGAUGGAGGCGUGGCCACAUGGUGAACAUGGCACGCUCGAGACGAACUCAGACACCAGGUCGACGCGGACGGCGAGACGCGGAAGGCGAGACGCGGAGGCCGAGGAAAAACAACCGCUGUCUUUCUUCUGGAGAGAACUGGUGACGCUGGCCAACUUGAACACGUCGCGGCCGUGGGGAUCGUUUUACCGGGAACCCUUGACAGCGAAAGUCGCCUCGCUGCGCCAGGUGUCCCGCGCGCCUUCCACUCGGUUCUCGCUCUUCUCGCCCUCCACCGAGCGCGGCGCUCGAGCACCCAGCGACCUCCCUCUGCUGCAGGAGACCUGGUUCCCCUCGCCGGCUGCCGCCGCUUUCGACGGCGUCGGGAGGGAGCGAGGCGAGGCGAUUCCGCGUGUGGGCGGCGAGCUCCCUGGCGAGACUCGGGAGGCCGAGCCGGCGGCGUCUUUCGCGUUUCUCUUCGAGAAAGGCGACGACGGCGCCUCGUCCUUCUCGAACCACGCCCAUCGAAGCAACCUGCACUGGGGGUGUUUGAAUGCGAGCGAAGUUUCCGCGCCCGCAGCGCUGGCCCUCGGCUUGGCCUUCCUCGACAGUGACAACGACGAGAUUCGGCGAGGCCUGCGAAUCCCGAAAGAUGCAGACCAGCUCAAAGACAUCCUUCCCCAUGUUCUCCUCUGCAAGGUCCUCGCUCGCGCGCUCAUCUCGUGGUCGGCGAUUGUGCCUUCGCAUCGGUGGAUCGCCGCGCAGAUUCCCCCGCCGCUGCGCGUUCUGCCGUCCGACUCGACCGACGCUGUUCGCACUGCUCUGCCUUUCCUCCGCGUCGUCUGUCCCCGCACCCACCGCAUUCGCCCCGUCGAGCAGGCGCCGCGGGCCUCUGGGGACCGACGCGGCGACAUGCGUGGCGACACCGACAGUGGACACGGGAGACAGGGACGGAGACAGCGAGCGGCUGCGGCUUCAGCGUACCGCGACAGGGCGCGGGAAGGAAACCGCGUGGAGAGGACGCGAAGACGCGCGAGCGAGCGGGAGGACAAAAGGCAUCGGCCCAGCGCGCCUGCGAGUUCGGCUUCCUUCCCCUUCUCGUCGGCAGCAAAGUACCGCGUGUAUGCUCUGGCCGGCGCUCUGUGGGCGCUCGGGCUUCGAUACGCCGGAACAAACAGCCGGUGCUGUCUCCACCUUCUGCUGCGGUAUCUCGACUAUCUGCGGGGGCCUGGUUUCGGCAGGUCUUCGCUCGCUUGCCGGGGACGUCACGUCGCCAGCAGAAGGCGAGGAGAUUGUAGGCCACCCCAGAACGAACAAGAGCCACAGCGAGAAAGGAACCUCCCUGAGGAAGAUGUGGACAUGCACGCAGAUGGCAGGCCUGACUCCCUCGCUGGAAGCGCCGUUUCCGACGCCCUCGGGGGGUCCUGUGCUUCGGCCUCGCCUGUCGCCCGCGGCUGGGCCUUCUCGCGUCUCCUCUCGCGGUCCCAGUGCGCGCUCUUUCGCGCGCUUCCUGCCCGGUUCUCUCUGCCCCUACCCGAGUCUCCCCAGUUGGCCUUCGCCUCCGCUGCAGCGUACCUCGACGAGGAAGCGCGCGAUCUCUGCGUCCUCGUUUGCUGUCUCGCACUGGCCUGCGUCGCCGCGGGCUCCUGCAGCUCCGAAGUCCUUUCGUGUCUCUUCGCGGAGCGCCGUCUCCGGCUCUCUCGCCCCCGUCCGGAGACAGCUGGAGGCGCGGCCGCGGUCGCGGCUGCCGCGGCGGCGGCGGCGGCGGAGGCAGCUGCGGGGCUGGCCAGCGGCGACACGGCGAGAGCGACGGCGGCGGCGGAGACAGCGGCUUCGUGUGCACGGGCCGCGGAAGAGAACCAAAUGCAUGCGCAGUACGGCGCCUGCCUCCUGAUCCACCAGGCGAUUGGGCUCGUGUGCAUGUCGGGAGGCCGCCGGAGUUUCGCAGACUCGCUCUUCACGCCCGCGGUUCUCCUGAUGGCCUUGUUCCCGCUGAAGCCUCCCACCGACGCGGCGGACCAGAGCAGCCAUCUGCAAGCGGCGAGGCACAUCUGGGUCCUGGCAACCGAGUGGAGACACGUCGCCCCGGUGGACGUGGAGACAGGCAAGCGCGUCAGCCUGCCCGUCACGCUCCUCGUCAAGCGCGCUGGCGAUCUGCACGGGCGUCCGGAGCGGAAACGCGUGAAAAAAGUGCAAGUGUGGCUUCCCGGCCAGCUGCCUUCCCCCCGGCGGAUUUUGCAUCUGGAAGUCGCUGGCGACCGACACUUGCCGCUCGUGCUUCGCCGCUUGAAAGCGGCAGAGCCUGUGGAGGCGUCGGACGCGACCUCGCGCGAAGCGUGUGGCCGCCGCGGUUGGUACUCACGAGGACACCAUUUGGAGCCCGACGCGCCGCCCUGUCUCUUUUCGCGCCUCCUGCAUUUAGGCGGGUUCUUCGUCAAGAAAAACCCCGUCGCCGGAGCCUACGAGGCCCAGCCAGUUUCGUGUCAACGCAGGCAGGCGGCGCCUUCGCGUGUCGCGCGGAAAUGGGUAGCCCUCCCCCGACCCGACCCGUCCUACUCCGCGUCCCUCUCCAGGCUUCUCCUCAGCCACGUGGAACGGCUCGAACGCUGGAGACACGGAGAGGAAGGAGAGGAAGAAGAGCGAAGCGGAUGCGGAACGGACCUGUUCAGCAACGACACAGAUGGCUCUCCGUUGACGGCCGCGGAGAAGCGGCGCUUUGGAGCCCGAGGGACACCGUCCCCAGGAGACAGAGGCGCGGCGCUCUUGGCUGCUCUCGAGCAGGCUUUGCCGGCUGUCGCUGUGGACGACUGGGGCGACGGUGGAGCCGCAGAUCGAACUUUCGGAGGCGACAGAACAGAACGCGUGCAUCCUGUUUCUGACUUCUCGUUCCGCGCAGACGUCGGGGACGAGCGCAGCGACGAGCGGGAGAAAGCGGCGGAAAUGCUCCGCUGGAGAGACUGUCUCUGUGCGGGCCCUGUCUCUGUGGCCGCGGGCCGGGGGCGCGACUCUGUCAACGGAUUUCCCUCGCUCCUUCCUCUUCGUUCUCGUGGAGACAAAAAUCUCGAGAGCGUGCACGGGCUCGCCACGCACGGAGACAGUCCUGGGCGGGGCGUGCUCGCCUUCGACGCCCGGAAAAAAACCCCGACUGAUUCGUCGUCUUUUUUUUGCGAACUCGCGGCCGCGCUAGCUGCAGUCAGUUCCUCCUCAGAGCUCCCCUUGGGGCCGUUCGUCCGUCACGAGCAGAGGGUAGAGCAGGAAAAAGCACGAGUCUUGCGUCUGGAGAAGAAGCAAAACGCGCGGCGGCUGCGCGUUCUCUCCGACCUCUUGACCGUUUUCAGUCGGCAGAGCCUGCCGCCUCCCAGUGCAGUUCUCGCUUCGCGUUUCCUUGGUAAAUUCCUCGCGUUCUUCCGACCUUCUCCAGCUUCGUCUGCCUCGUCGCUUUCUCUUCCUCCGCCCUUCGGACCAGAGACGGCGUGCCGUUUGUCGCUCUCUCCGCCGACUCCGGCCUCCCGCCCUUGCGCGUCCUCGCUCUGGCGACCGCGCGAGAACGGCGGGCGGGGCGGCGAGUUCCCUGCGAGCAGUGGAUGGCUGGGCUCGAACCCCGUCCACGGCAGCGUCGCCAGUUCCCCGUCUCUGCUUUCUCUCUGUUUGGGGGAGGUAGGCGUUGUCUACUACGCUUCCACGGCCGCGACGUUUCUCCGGCUGAUAGGAGGCAGUGUGCGAGGCGAGUUCACUUGCGAAGAAGCCCGUGAAGUGAGGGGACGGGGACCAGGAGACAGCGAGGAGAGGGCGAGGCAGAUAGAGACGAAGCGCGAGCAGAAGGCGCAGGAGACACUGGCGCCGAAGGACGAGCGCGAGACAGAGAAAAAAUGGAGAACGGGAGGAAACACGGAUUUGCAAAGAAGGAAGAGGGCGACCUGGUGCUCCGAGUCUACGGCGGCGAGCGACGCGGAGUGGACAGUGGAGACACAAAGCUCGAGUCGCCACGCAGGAGCGGAAGCAGACCGAGAAAAAGAGACGGUUUCGAUCGCCGACGCCUUCUCGUCGUUUCUCGUGGUCCACCGCCUCCCUCUCCUCGAUGACUGGCUUCGGUUUGUCCGCUGGGCCGUGAGGCGGAGGAGCUCUGAUAUGCGCGCCUUGUCCCUCUCGGCUCCUGCAAGGAGGAGGGCCGGAACGAAAGGGAGACGCGAAGGCAACGAGAUGAGGGCGUUGCCGUCAGAGCCCGCAUACACCGAAGCAGAGACGGAAGCAUGGAGACAAGGCGACCGCGCGCACACGCCGCGCGCGUGCCAGCAGGCGCUCCAUCUUGCACACCUCGCAGCGCCCAGUGCAACGGUGGAGGGGAAACGCCUCUUGGCCGACGCUCUGAUGGAGGCGAACAAGUUGGUUGCAUUGCUCUAA